AUGCAGGCGCGUGCUCGGUCGUGGGUCCAGCGCGAGGUGGAGGUGCCCGAGCUGCUGAUCGGCGACGUGCUCGCCAUCGUCGUCUUCGCGCUCUGGCGGCAGCUCGCCAGCAUCGCCCUCGCGCCGGACUUUCCAGGAUGGCUUGCGCCGCUCGCGUUCAACCCGGGGCGCUUCGUCGAACUCGCCAACUUCGUCGCCACCCUCGCAGGCACGUGGGCGGCGGCCUCGCUGAUCCUCGGGGGCUACCGGCGCGAGAGCCUGACGUCCGUGCCCAAGAUGCUGCAGACCACGUGCCAGGUGUGGCUCGUGGCGCUCCCGGUCGCCCUGGCGUGGCUCCUCGUGUCCGUGCUCGCCGAGAACGGCGCGCUGGUCGGGGAGCCGCUGACGACGUCCCUGCCGCUCGCGCUACGCGGGCCGAUGGAGCCCGCGGGCAUCGCGGCGGGCAUGCUCGGGCUGAUGGCCGCGUGGCGGUCGUGGUACACCUUGUACCUGGGAGACCCCUGGGGGAGUCCGUGGGAGACGGAGGUGUGGCGGCAGUCGUCAGCGGGGUUCGUGCGGGCCGUGCAGGUCGCUCUGGUGAUCGCCGUCGCGUGUCUGAUGGGCCUGGAAUAUUUCGAGAAGGUGUUGAUUGGGCAGGCACUGUAA